CUCAGCCCAAGUGGCAAAGACAGCUGCACAUUCCCCUUGCUACCUGAGGGUGAAGCGGACGUUCAGUGUAUGGCGGAUAGCCCUAAACAUCACACUGUUGCAACGGGCCGCAUGUUCAAUUUACCGGGGGAGAGUAUGAUUCAUAAUGUGCCUCUCCCUGCUGAUCAUGUAAGGGUGCAGUUGAACACUGCUAUUGAUGCGAAUUAUGCCCUCCUGAUACCCACCCCAGAUGCAGAGACAGUGGCUCAAGCAGUGGGUAGCUUUGUCGCUUGGCCUGGCCGUCUUCUUACAUUAGGACAUCCUUCAAAGUCUAAGGGGAAGAAGAGCCUAUUGGGUGAUCACUCAUUAUCAUCACCACAGAAGCAGCCCUCUAAGCCCGUUCAAGUGGUAUCAUCAAGAUUCCGAAUAUGUCUUGAGGAAUAUGCAAUUGGGGCCAGAUUAGAACAUGGCGAGGAUUUCAUGAUUCCCCUAGAGUUUGAGCCAGAGGUAUACGGUUGA